AGACAGGAACGUCGAGCAAAGUCGUAUGCCUUAGAUGGGUGGAAAUUCCACAAAUUCCACACCUAAAAAACAAGACUCCAGAACAAUUGAAUAAGAGCUUUCGAUUAUGCAGCAGUCAUUUUUCACCUGUUAAUUAUAUGCCAGGGAAUUCAAGGUCAAGGCUCACUGUAUCUGCUUGUCCAGACCAAAAUCUUCCAGAAAUAGAAACAACUGAUUGUGAUCCAGAUGACCCUUCAGCCACAAUAACUGCAGAAGGUCUGAAGGACUCAUAUCUUGAAGAUGAUUGGAAAAUGACACCUGUACAUCCAGUUCUUAGUCAUGGCAAUAAGAAAUUAGAUAUUGCAGAGUUUUCUGCUCCUGUUUCAACGAAUGACCAUCCUUGCCUUAUUGAGCAACCAGAGGACUUUGCCCGAGAAUCAUCUGAUGCUUCAACUCCUGCUUCAAGAGACCCUCUUUGUCCUCUUGAAGAAACCCAACUCUCUCCAGCUAUUGGUGUUCAUGCAGAAGAGAGUCAGAAAAAGCCAUCAAAACCAAAGACAUCGAAAUUGCUCCACAGAUAUCGGGAAAGAGUGAAGAGAUUAUUGAAAAAAGUUGAUGUACUUAAGAAGGUGAGGAAUGACUGUUCUAAAUAUUCAUUACCUUCUGACAUCAUAAAACAUGCAUCAAAAUACCUUUAAGGAUAUGGCCUAGAAUUUUUUAAAAGU